AUGUUACCUUCGCCAUUGUCGCUUUUCACAACAUGGUUCGUGCUUCAGGCCGCUGCCGCUCCGGCGGCAGGCUCACAAGUCCUGACCCCUCAAGAUUUCAAGCAAACAAUCGCAGAUGGUGUUUGGUUCAUCGAACAUUUUUCCCCAUAUUGUCGGCAUUGUCGUAACUUUGAACCAACAUGGAACCGUGUAGUGGACAAAUUUGAGAAACAACCUGAUCUAGGGAUACAUCUGGCGCAGGUGAAUUGCGCAUUGAAUGGAGACUUGUGCACCGAGAAUGGUGUUACAGGAUACCCUCAAAUGAACCUCUACCGGAACGGCCAGUUUGUAGAGACCUUCACUAACGAUCGCGACUUCGAUAUCCUUGUAGACUUCCUUCUUCCGCACGCUGAACCUACCGCAAUUUCCUUGUCAUCCCCAACUGCGGUUGAGCAGGAGGAAAUGGCGGCCGAGAUCGUUCCUGUAGGCGAGAAUUCGGUAGUUCAGGUGUCGCAGGCGGAAUCCAAUCCUUUGGGAGAGGUGAUAUCGUUAACUAGUGAGACAUUCGACGACUUUGUGGCCCAGGCGCCUACAUUUGUCAAGUUCUUUGCGCCGUGGUGCGGACACUGCAAGAAACUUGCUCCCGUGUGGCUACAGGUCGCUCGUCGCAUGCAGCAUAAGCUCAAUAUCGCGGAAGUCAAUUGUGAUGAUUUCAAGUCGCUCUGCACGAAGCAAGGGGUCACAGGUUAUCCUAUGCUGUUCUACUACUCUCACGGCGCAAAGACAGAAUACUCAGGAAGUAGAAAAUACGAGCCACUUGUGGCUUUCGCUGACAAGGCAGCAUCUCCAACCAUGCAACCAAUAAGUGCUCAUGAUCUCGACAAGGUUGUCCAUGAACAUCCUGUUGCAUAUGUCCUCCUACAUUCUUCAUCAGAUGAACAUAUUGUCAGUGAGGUCGCUAAAGAUUCUCAAUUGCUCCUGGGGUCACCCCCGGUAUUUGUAUCAUCCUCCAAGGAACUCUUUACUCGCUAUGACAUCCCCACGACAGAAUCCUGGGUCAUCCUGGCAUUCAAAGACAAUGACCCGAAGGAACCCACCUCGAUUUUUAACUCCUCCAUUUCUGAUACACUUAGUACUUGGCUCUUUGCCAAUCGCCUCCCAACCUCCCUCGAGCUCUCACGUGAUAUAUUUCAACACGUAAUGAAUGCUCCACAUAACCCACUCGUUGUGAUCGCUGCAACGCCCAACGGCGUCCAAAAUGAUGUAUCAUCGAAGUUGAACGAUAUCGCAAAGAAGUGGCGCCUGCGCAAGAGCUAUGUUGGCAGACAAGACGUUGUAUUCACGUGGAUGGAUGCUGAUCAAUGGGGAAAAUGGAUGAAGAGUAUGUACGGUGUGAAGGUCAAGGACCAGCCGAAGGUGGUGGUUGCUGAUCACAGUCGCCUGGUCUACUGGGAUAGGGAUACUACUGGGCAGCCUAUUCAGCUAAAUGCCGUCAGCAUAUUCUCUGCUAUUGAAGGUGUUUACAGCAACAAAAUACGUUCCAAGCACUCAGAGAAUAUCAUGGAGCGCCUUCUUCGGGCCUUCAACUCAAGUCUCACAAACACCGAGGGUUUCAUCAUCGCCCAUCCAUAUAUGGCCGUCCUGCUGAUUCUUGGAUUUUUGGCAGCGGUCGUUAUGGCGAUCAAGAAACUUUUGGAUGACGAUACAGAUCUGCAGUCUGAGCAUAGGUACAUCAAGGGUGGUCGUCUAGAUUGAUUUAUGGACACUUUUCUUAAACUCAAAUGUGAAUUUACCAGGAGAGAGUCGGCGUGAUUGUCG